UAUGCAAAUGAAUAAACUGACCCUCAGGAAACCCCAUACUGAAAUACAUGUCCUCACUUUGACUUGAAUCCACCAACAAGAGAAAUGACAGUCAUGAAUCCGGGCAAUGCAAGCAUUCCAAAGUUCUUCAUCCUAUUGGGUUUCUCUGACCAUCCCUGGUUGGAAAUGCCACUCUUCAUAAUGGUGCUUGUGGCUUACAUCUGCACACUAGUGGGAAACAUCUCCAUUAUUGUUGUGUCCAAGGUGGAUCCUCAUCUUGACAGCCCUAUGUACUUCUUCCUUUCCAACCUCUCCUUUCUGGACCUGUGUUUUACCACAACCACCAUCCCUCAGCUGCUGGUGAACCUCUGGGGCCCAGAUAAGUCCAUCAGCUAUGGAGGCUGUGUGGCCCAGUUCUAUGUGUUUCACUUCCUGGGAGCCACAGAAUGCAUCAUCUUGGCGGUCAUGUCUUUGGAUCGGUACAUAGCCAUCUGCAAGCCCUUGAGGUACCCAGCUAUCAUGCAUCAGAGACUCUGUGUGUCCCUAGUGGCCAUGGUGUGGAUAAGUGGCUUGGCUAACUCCUUGCUUCAGGCAUCCCUCACUGUCCAACUGCCACUUUGUGGUAACAACAAGGUGGAUGACUUCCUGUGUGAGAUUCCAGUGAUGAUCAAGAUGUCCUGUGUUGACACCACUUUCAAUGUAACUAUGCUCUCUGUCGUGGUGACAUUAUUUACCUUGAUUCCUUUGUCUCUUAUUCUUGUCUCCUAUGGGUUCAUUGUAGCUACAGUGCUCAGAAUUCGUUCAUCAACAGGAAAGAAGAAGGCCUUCAACACCUGUGGCUCUCAUGUUAUUGUUGUCUGUCUCUUCUAUGGGCCAGUAAUGUGCAUUUAUGUGCAACCUUUUGGUACUAACUCCCAGGACAAGAACAAACUCAUGGCCCUGUUCUACAGUCUGCUGACUCCUAUGCUUAACCCUUUUAUCUAUACUUUGAGGAACAAGGACAUGAAAGGGGCAAUAAGGAGACUUCUCCUCCCAUUGAGCCAUCAGGGAAGAGAAUAA